UGCAGUAUUUGUAACCUUUUUUUAUACUGGCGGUAACUUGCUGCACGUUUGUAUACAAUUCAUGCUGCAGAUCUUUCUCCCGAAAAUAUAUUUAAACCUGUUGAAGUGUUAAUGUUAUUGAAAAUUUGUUUUUCGGUCCGUUUCAAUACAAGCUGUCGUUUAUCAAAUGCUAGAUCUUUCCCAGUAAUGAAAGUACUGAACGUUGCUGAAAAAAACGAUGCGGCAAAAAAUAUAUCUUUCUUCCUUUCAAGAGGAAACACAAGAAAAAGAGAAGGCUUGUCGGUUUACAACAAAAUAUACGAGUUCGAAUGUGAAGUUUUUGGCCAGAGGUGUUCCAUGUCGAUGACUUCUGUCAGUGGACACUUGCUCAAUUAUGAAUUUAUAUCUUCAUACAAAUCAUGGCAAAGCUGCAGCCCUGAAGAUCUCUUUGAUGCACCUGUCGUCAAAGGCUGUACUGAAGAUGCUAUCAAAAUAAAGAAUACGCUUGAACGGGAGGCAAAAAAAUUUUCAAAAUUGAUCAUUUGGACAGAUUGCGACAGAGAAGGGGAAAACAUUGGUUAUGAAAUAAUUGACACAUGUAAAAGGGUGAAUCCUUCUCUUGAUGUCUAUAGGGCCAAAUUUUCUGAAAUUACUUCAGCUUCAAUAAGGAGGGCGAUUAAUAAUUUGAUUAGACCAGACAAAAAUAUAAGUAAUGCAGUUGAUGUUAGGCAGGAAUUGGAUUUGAGAAUAGGGGCUUCAUUCACACGAUUUCAGACUCUUCGUUUGCAGAAAGUAUUCCCUGUCUUGGCAGAUCAUCUCUUGAGUUAUGGCAGCUGUCAAUUUCCAACAUUGGGGUUUGUUGUGGAGAGAUAUUUAGAAAGGGAAAAAUUUAUUUCUGAACCAUUUUGGAAGAUUAAAGUUACUCACACAAUUGAUGAUCUCACUGUUGAGUUUCGCUGGGCAAGAGAUCGUCUCUUUGAUCAAGCAAUUUGUCAAGCCCUCUUGGCCAGAUGUCAAGAAAGGCCGACUGCAAAAGUGGAGAAAGUUGAUGGUAAACCCAAAUCUAAGUGGAGGCCAACGCCCUUAGACACGACGGAAAUGGAAAAAAUUGCAUCACGAAAAUUGAAAAUCAACGCUAAAGAAGCUUUGCGGAUAGCAGAGAAACUGUACACAAAAGGUUUUAUAAGCUAUCCGAGAACUGAAACUAACAUUUUCCCCGAUUCGAUCAAUUUGAGGAAUUUGGUCGAAAUUCAAACCCAAGAUUCAAGAUGGGGAAACUUUGCGCAGAAAGUUCUUCAGGAUGGACCUAACCCCCGACAGGGGAAAAAAAGUGACCAAUCCCAUCCUCCGAUACACCCCAUUGCUUAUACCACAUCCCUAGAAGGUAAUGAUGCAAGGAUGUAUGAGUUUAUCGUUCGCCACUUUUUAGCAUGUGUAUCAAAAGAUGCCAAAGCCCAUGAGACUUUAGUCUCGAUUGACAUCAACACAGAAAAAUUUUCAGCUUCGGGCUUGAUGAUAUUGGAAAGGAAUUACCUUGACGUUUACCCUUAUGAAAAUUGGAAUUCAAAAAAUAUUCACAGGUAUGAAGUUAAUCAAACCUUCGAACCGACAAGCUUGGAUAUUACUGAGAGUCAAACAUCAGCACCAAACCUUCUUACAGAAGCGGAUCUUAUCGCAUUAAUGGAAAAACAUGGCAUUGGUACGGAUGCGACGCAUGCUGAACAUAUAGAGACUAUUAAAAAUAGGUUUUAUGUUGGACUUGAAGAUAAUAUUCACUUUGUUCCAAGUGCAAUUGGAAUGGCUUUAGUGGAGGGUUAUGAUACAAUGGGCUUUGCCAUGUCUAAACCUGUUCUUAGGGCAGAGCUUGAAGCCGAACUUAAAAGGAUUUGUGAUGGUGUGAGGCAGCCGGAAAUAGUCUUGCGAGAACAAAUUUCCAAAUAUCGAGAACUAUUCAGGAUAGCUAAAUCUCAGGUGAACAAGAUUGACUCUGCCGUUGCAAAAUAUCUGCAAACUACUGCAAGGACUUUAGACCCUAGAGAAGACCCUUUGUCAGUUGCCACACCGAUUAGCCAGCCGGUCAUGCCAUGUAGGAUGUGCAGUCUUAAAUUUGUUGUCAAAACGAAUCAGAUGACGCAGAAGAGUUACAUUUCUUGCCAGGGAUAUCCAAGCUGCAAAGCGGCAAUUUGGCUUCCUACAAAAGUAGUCGAUUUUUCCGUUUCUAAUCAAAGCUGUGAAGUUUGUGGGCCCAAUGUGAAAAAAAUUGAAUUCAAGUUCAGCCCUGGAUCUAUGGCUCCUUACUAUCCAAAUAAUUUCACUGGGUGUAUAAAUGGGUGUGAUAGCUUUUUUUUGGAAAUGCUAGACAUCAGAAUUCCUCGGCCAGCUAGUAGCACUGCUACAACAGAAAAUUUGACAUCGAACUAUUCAUCACAGUAUAGUUCUCAAUCAACCAGAACCUCACAGCAAAAUAGAUCGUCAAAUAAUUCAGCAUUAUCGGGACACAAUAUGCUAGGUUCAAGUCGACCACAAAAUAGAGGAUCACAUAACUCCAACUCUAAUGACUUUGACAAUGGAAGAGGACAAAAACGGCCAAGAGAGCCACCAGAUGACAAUGUUGAGCAUAAGUGUUUCUGUGAUUUACCUGUAAAAAAACUGACUGUUAGAAAAGAAGGCCCAAAUUUAGGAAGAGAGUUUUUAAUCUGUUCUAAGGAUACAGAUGAUAAAUGUGGAUAUUACGCAUGGUUUGAUGAGUUGACUGAAGAAUCCAAUUCAACAAAGUGCUUUUGCAAUCUUUCAGUGAGAAAGCUGGUCGUUAAGAAAGAUGGCCCAAACAAGGGAAAGACAUUUUUCUGCUGCCCCAAAGGUCAAAACGAGCCGAACAGAUGUUCGUUCUUCUUGUGGGAAGAAGAGUCAAGUAACCGCCAGGAUAGAGGUGAAUAUAGGAACAAUCAACGUGGUAAUUCUUCCUCGCGGACAUCAAACUUCAGAGCCAGAACAUCUGAUUCCAAUCAAAGAGGAAGGAAGUGUGGAAUCUGCUCACAGACAGGUCAUACAAGAAGAAAUUGUCCGAAUAACUCAAACAACUGAUUUAUUAAAUGUAAUGUAAAUAUUGUACACAAAAAUGUAUAUAACACAAUUUAAAAAAAAAAUACAAGUAUUUUUACA